CCCCCCCCCCCCCCACCCUCUGCGCCAUGGCGAGAGCCGCCGCCUCCGUGCUGCUGCUGGCGCUGCUCCUCGCGGUGGCCACGGCCGGCGGAGCCAGCGCGGCGGCUGCUCUGACGACGAGCUGGGAGCUCGGGGUGGUCGGCGGCGGCGACGACGCGUUCGGGUUCUCCGGCGAGGAGGCGGCGGCGGCGGACAGUGCGGCGGUGGUGAGGCGGGUGCUGCAGGGGCAGAGCUACAUCAGCUACGGCGCGCUGCGGCGCGACACGACGCCGUGCUCCGUGCGCGGCGCCUCCUACUACAACUGCCAGCCCGGCGCGGAGGCCAACCCCUACACCCGCGGCUGCUCCGCCAUCACCCAGUGCCGCGGCUGAUGAUCCGGUCGCUCGCUUCCCCCUCCCACCUACUGCUCCAAACGCGAUAUUUGAUCCAAAAUUUCAAAUUAGUUCGUCUAUUGCAAGUUCUCUGUGACGAUUUUAAGUUCCUCCCCCUUUCGAGACGCGAACGAAUUUUGGUUUGGAUCGAAAGUCAAAAGAUGUACAUGUGUGUUCGUGGCCGUCUUUAUUUUUAAUUUAUAAAUAAAUCGUGUAUAAAUUUGAUGGAUGAUUCAGAGUCCAUGGAUGAUUUACUCUGUCCUGUCCUGGUGAAUUGUUAACAUCUUGUUCCAGUUAGUGCAUCUCUCUCUUUUAA